GCCAUGGAGAAUUUUAGACAGUCACCAAUAGUGAACCAGCCGGUUGAGUUUUCGACGGCCAGAGUCGGCCAUCGACGCGACUCUAUGAGAAGCAGCCUGAGUGUCGUGUCGGAUGUCGAGAUGGCCCGCAAUGAGGUUUUCGAUGGGCCCAUCUCAGAGAGCAUUCCGUCAAGCAUCGUAUCUUUUUCUCACCGCCGUGGUCGAAAAGGCUCUACCGUCAGUUUUACAUAUUUUCAAGAUGAGGAGGAUUUUAUUGAAGGCUCGAACGAAGAGGCCGUAGAUUCCGAAAAUGAAUUUGAAGCAUUAUCUUCUGAUGAAAUCAGUGAAGCCAACUUGGAAACUAACAGAUCUUCCCUCGGGUCCAAAAAGCCGUCUUAUUCUAGAGAUCCAGCUGAAGAUCCCCUUCUUCCUCGGCGCGUUUCCACUGGCUCCUAUGCCGGAGAUCGAAGAGCUGAUAGCAGGCUCAACCAAAAAAUAUACAUCGCAUCAGAAGAUUUGACUGCUGUUUUUGCAGGGUUCUCUACAAGCUUGGGUGGAUUUACCAUCUACACUGUUUUAUGUAUUGUGACUCUUGGCUUCGCUUACCUCCUGUUUCGAUGGUUACCAAGAUGGCGAGUACGACUGAUAGGAAAGCCAACAUCGCUACGGAAAUGUGAAUGGGUCGCCAUUGAGGAUCAAUGGAACCAAUUCACUGUUCACGACGUUUCCAGUCAACCAUACGGACGGCCUCUUUCUACAGUUUUUGCAGAUCCUCAGAGCUAUAUAUAUGACGAAUACAAUGACCCGGCUAUAUCUUCGCUACGUUGCAUUAAUUACAGAUAUCUGCGUUUCUUUUACAACCCAUUAGAAGACAGGUUCUUACUUAUUAGUGGCUGGAAAGACCCUUUGUGGACGAACGUCAAGGUAAUGAGAAGUGGGUUGGAUGCUGAUGAUCGCGAUAGCCGAGAGCAGGUUUUUGGGGCUAAUCUCAUCGAUAUUGAACAAAAACCAAUCGCUCAGCUUCUUAUGGAUGAAGCUUUUCAUCCAUUCUACAUUUUCCAAAUUGCCAGUCUUGUCCUUUGGUCUUUGGACGAAUAUUAUUAUUACGCCGUCUGUAUAUUUCUUAUUUCUAUUUUCAGCAUCGGUGCGACUGUCCUUGAAACAAGAUCGACCAUGCAUCGGCUGAGAUCUAUCUCUCUGUUCGAGUGCUACAUUCGCGUGUUGAGAAACGGGUUUUGGCGCUCUGUUCUCUCGAGAGAAUUGGUACCUGGUGAUGUGUUUGAAUUUUCCGAUCCAUCCCUAAGUCAGGUUCCAUGCGACUGUUUGCUAUUGUCUGGAGAUUGUAUUGUGAAUGAGAGCAUGCUCACAGGUGAAUCCGUACCUGUAUCAAAGACACCUCUUACAGAUGAUGGACUUGAUUAUCUUGAUCUGAGCGCCCCAUCUAUUCAUCCGAAUGUUGCAAAGCAUUUUCUUUUCAGUGGAACGAAAAUCAUCAGAGCAAGGCGUCCACAGAAUGUUGAUGAUGAGGCUAUUGCUUUGGCGGUUGUUGUGAGAACAGGCUUUUUGACAACAAAGGGAGCUCUUGUUCGCUCCAUGCUCUUCCCUAAGCCCUCUGGGUUCAAAUUCUAUCGCGAUUCCUUCCGCUACAUAUCUGUCAUGGGUGGUAUUGCUAUCCUAGGGUUCGUGGCAUCAUUUGUAAACUUCAUUCGUCUCGGGCUUUCAUGGCGUACAAUUGUUGUCAGGGCUCUCGACUUGAUUACAAUUGUUGUCCCACCAGCCUUACCGGCCACGUUAACAAUCGGUACCAAUUUUGCACUCUCUCGGCUGAAAAAGCACAAAAUAUUUUGUAUUAGCCCGCAAAAAGUCAAUGUAGGCGGCAAGCUGGAUAUUGUCUGUUUCGAUAAAACAGGGACACUUACAGAAGACGGAUUGGAUGUGCUCGGGGUCCGGACUGUGAAUCACGAGAUGAGAUUGUCCGAACUUUCGUUUGAAGUCCCCCUUGUUUUCCCAACUUCCGCGUCAGUCUCAGAUAAUAUUGCCUUUAACUCUGAGAAAUGGAAAAGCAUCAUAUACACAAUGGCAACAUGUCAUUCUUUGAGAAUCGUGGACGGUGAGAUCCUAGGAGAUCCCCUUGAUGUGAAAAUGUUUCAAUUCACUCGCUGGUCAUACGAGGAGGGUGGGAGUCAUAUUUCCGAAGAACCAAAUUCCAAGUUCGAUACGAUAAUUCCAUCCAUUGCGAAACCACCUGUUCCAGCAGCCCAGGAAAGUCACCAGCGCGGAAAUUCAAGUCCCACACGGCAGACUGCAAUAGAGCUUGGUAUCUUACGGAGUUUCGAGUUCGUUUCUCAACUCCGCCGUGCAAGUGUGAUAGUUAGGCAAUUUGGCGACAGUGGUGCGAGUUUCUAUGUCAAGGGAGCACCAGAGAGUGUGAAGGCUAUAUGUCUACCAGAAACUUUACCAUACGACUUUGAAGAUUUACUCAGUCAAUAUACCCACAAAGGCUAUCGUGUCAUCGCUUGUGCUGCUAAAUAUGAACGGAAACUAAGCUGGAUGAAAGUUCAAAAGAUGACACGCGCAGACGUGGAAUGCAACUUAGCAUUCAUUGGAUUUAUUAUAUUUGAGAAUAAACUGAAGCCAAGUACGGCGAAUGUUAUUACUGAAUUGAACCAAGCAGGAAUACGGAAUAUUAUGUGUACUGGAGAUAACAUACUGACUGCGGUCAGUGUUGCUCGCGAAUGUGGCCUGGUCAAACAAGAUGAAUCAUGCUUCAUUCCCCAUUUUGUGCAAGGUCACCAUCAUGACCCGAAGGCCUCUCUCUGCUGGGAAAGUACCGAUGAUUCAGAAUUGAAACUUGAUGAGAAUAGCCUUAUGCUUUCGCAGCCCUCGGCAAAUGUCGAUUUAUCUGUGCCUGGCAAUGUUUACAAUAUGCAUAAAUAUUCGCUUGCUGUCAGUGGUGAUGUGUUCAGAUGGAUAGUGGAUUUCGGAAGUGAAACUUUACUCAGGAGAAUGCUUGUGCGUGCGAAUGUAUUUGCUAGGAUGUCUCCUGACGAGAAGCACGAACUUGUUGAAAAACUGCAAUCCCUUGAUUACUGCUGCGGGUUCUGUGGCGAUGGUGCAAAUGACUGUGGAGCACUGAAAGCUGCAGAUGUCGGUAUCUCCUUAUCUGAUGCUGAAGCAUCUGUAGCUGCUCCAUUUACAAGCCGCAACUUUGAAAUAUCCUGUGUCCCAACUUUGAUCAAGGAGGGCCGUGCUGCAUUAGUCACAAGUUUUUGCUGCUUCAAAUACAUGAGCCUUUAUUCCGCAAUUCAGUUCUCUACCGUCAGCUUCCUCUAUAAAUCGGCAUCAAACCUUGGUGAUUUCCAGUUUUUAUUUAUUGAUCUACUGCUUAUCUUGCCAAUCGCUAUAUUCAUGGGCUGGACGGGUCCCUAUCCAGUACUUUCUCGAAAAAGACCGACUGCUGAUCUUGUAUCACGGAAGGUCUUGACGCCAUUGCUUGGGCAGAUCAUUAUUUGCGUGUCGAGCCAGCUAGUCGCAUAUAAGAUGGUUGAAUCACAGCCAUGGUUCAAGGCACCUCAAGUGGACUUGGAAAAGCCCAACAUCGAGAACUCCCAGAACACAACACUCUUUUUAGUCUCUUGUUUCCAGUACAUUUUGACCAGUAUUACACUCAGCGUGGGGUCGCCCUUCCGGAAGCCAAUGAGAUCGAAUACACCAUUUCUCUUUACCAUAGUCAUGGAUUUACUGCUUUCAGUUUACAUGCUCUUCGGGCCAUCUGAAUGGGUGACUGAAGUUAUGCAAUUGACGUAUUUGUCGGUCAGGUUUGAAGGUUGGCUAUUUGCUCUUGCUAUUAGUACCUUUCUGCUUUCUUGGGUAGCCGAGCAACAACUUUUCCCCCGCCUUGCCCGAGCAUUUGGGCGUGCGUAUGUAUGGUUGCGGCCUGAUCAUCGCAAGCAGCGCCGUCAGUACAAAGUAUUACUCGAAGAGAUGCAGAAGUGAAAAUGAUUCGAACUCCUUCAUACAACUGAAGAGCUCUUAGAAGCUGGCAGUGACGGCCCCAUGGCUCCAUCAAUUGCUUGCGACGACAACUUAUCAAAUAGUAUUAUGUUAUCUGAUAGCUUUUGACCCCGAAAAAAAUGCAUGCAUUCCUCCAUUGGCGUGACUAUAACAUUCAUGUUACCGAUGCAAUUGAGAAAUACAACAUCACGAUUAGACCCUUCGAAGUUCAAUCAAUGAUCCCAGGGGUGUUUCCAUCCCAGCAAAGCCGGUCCAUCCUUUUUGGCACGGUACAUUAGAAAGAACCACAUGCUAGCACCUAGAGCAGUUGCUGUAAAGCGAUAGAGCGGCCGUGCCGGAUGAAUGUGGAUUGGAUGG